UCUAACCAUUGUUUGACAGCCACGUCCGUGUCAAUUAAUUUUAAAGUAAACGUAUCAAAAAAUAUUUCCCAAUUUCCAAAAAUCAGACUAGCUAAUUCUAGUUUUAAUCAAAUUAAUUUAUGUCAUAGCAAUAUAUCUUAUUCUUUAGAUGAUAAAACGAAUGAAUAAUGGAAAACAACAAAACCACUGAUAAAAAAAUUAACUUUGAAGAUUUGAGCAAAGAUGAGUUGGUCAACAAAUGUAAAACACUUUUUUCGAUCAUACAGAAAGCUAAACAGAGCAAAUGUAUUUUGCAGAAAGAAAUAAAAGACUUGAAGUCAAAGCUAGAGAUAGAAGUUAACAAAAAAGAAAUUAACCCUGCAUAUGAUGAAGUAAUUCAAGACUUAACUCAACAAAAACUAAAUCUUGUCUCUAAUAUAGACGAUUUGAAGUUGAAGAACGACGCUUAUAUCACCAGCUUGAAUCAAUAUAAGGAAGAAAAGAAACGAUCAGAAAUCGAUUUAAAUAAUUUAGAUAAUGAAAAUAUUGCCUUGAAGAGACAAAUAACAAGAUUGUCCGAUGACAACGAACAAUUGAUGAGCCAUUUAGAAUCUCUGGAAAAACAAAUUCAACAGCUGAACCAAAUUGGGCUUGACCAACAAAAAAAACUUUUGCAAUUGGAAGAAAACAAUAUGCUUCUUAAUAAUUCUACUACUUCAAAGGAUCAAGAAAAAAUUCAGGAAUUAGAAAAAAUGUUAAGCAUCAGUUUAGAGGAAAUAAAGAAAAUCAAAAGUGAAAAGGAAAAUUGUAAAGAUAAAGAAAAUAAAGUAGAUUCUGAUUUACAGGAUCUGAAUAAUAAAUUCAAAGAAAAACUAAGGAAUUAUCAUUCUAAAAUCAUAAAAUUAGCAAUAAACAUAAAGGAGUUGAAAAAUGAUAAAGAACAAAUCUUAAAUCAGUUCAAAACUUAUGUGGACCAAGUAAGAGACUGGAAAGAUAAAUUACAUAUAGCUUCUAACAAUUUAUUAAAACUUCUCAACCACCUUGAAAUUGAAAAUGACAAUAUAAAGAAGGAUAAUGCUCAUUUGAAAGAUUUAAAUGAACAAUUCAUUAAACAACUUGAGGAUCAUAAAACUGAUGAUGAAAAAACCAAGGAAUUGGAAGAAAUAAAAACUUUAGAAAUGAAAAACAAAACAUUGAUGGAUGAAAUUACAGCAAUUAAUAAAAAGUUAGAGGAACAAAGUGCCCUCGGUGACAUUCAGACUGAAAACAUGAAUUUAAAACAUGAAAUUGAGCAAUUAAUUGCAGAAAAUAGUUUGAAAUCAGAAAAACUCAAAAAAGAAUUAACUGAUUUUGAAAUGCAAGUAAACCAAUUGGUGGUUGAAAAAGAAGAACUUUAUAAAAAUAUGAUUGAGGAGAGAGAACAUUCCCUAGAAAAUAUGUCUAUAAAUAGUAAGAAAAUAGUAGAAUUGGAUGGAAAAUUAGAAAUAUACCAGAAAAACAUUGAGGAAUGUAAUAAAGAAAAAAGUAACUUGAAUGAUGAAAUUACAAAAUUGAAUCAAUUAUUAAGCAAUCAAGAAGCAACUAUUGCGGACUUGGAUCAGAAAAAUAAGGAUCUCAUGAGUGAAUUAGAUAAAUCUUUGGCAACAGAGAAACAAUUGGCAGAAAAAUCAGGUGAAGAAAUGUUGAAAUUGGUGAGAGAAAUAGAUACCUUAUCAAAUACCAUAACAAAAUUGAAUGAGAGAAUAGAGGAUUAUGAACGAAAGGAAGAACAGAUCAGAAGUAGAGUAUUAGUUAAUGCGGACAUACAAACAGAUAACCAAUUUAGAACUGACCCGGAAAUGGAAGAACAAAUUGCCUUAUUGAAAUCUGAAAAUUCACAACUUUUGGCCGAGAUGAAUGAAAUGAACCAAGAAAUGAAAGAAAGAGGCGAGAAUUUGUCUAAACUAGAAGCUCAUUGCAAAGAAAUUAAGAAAAAAUUGAAAAUUUAUGAAACACAAGCCAAUUCAAAUGUCAAUAAUAUAACUGAAAAAGAAGAAAUAAUCAAAGAUCUAAAUGCAAGAAUUUCUGUUUAUGAGCAGACGAUUAAUAAUUUGAAGAAUGAAAUUGAAAUUUUGAAAGAAAAAGUGAAUUCCAAUUGUGAGAAUGCAGAAAUAGAUAUCAUGUCAACAUCAACAAUAUCAAGAGCAGAAGAAAUAGAAAGGUUGAAGGAUUUAGAAGGUUCUUGGGAAGAGAAAUAUGGGAAAUUGAAGAAUUUAGCUAUUAAAUUGAAGGCCAAACUGCGAGAACAAAUAACGGAAGUGAAUACUGAGAAAUCUGAAAAAAUGGAAUUGCAGCAAAAGUUAAAUAAUGCAUAUGAAAAUCUAAAAAUCCUUCAAUCCCAGUAUGAUCAUAUAAAUGAUGAAAUGGAUGAAUUAAAAAAAAAAUACCAAGAAAGUUCGAAAAGAGUAGCAGCUAAUGAGGAAGUUAUAAAAAAAAGAGAUUUAAGAAUAUCCGAAAUGCUAGAAGAGAUAAAAUCUUUUCAAGAAGGAAAAACUUCUACUGAAACAUGGAAAAAACAGAUUGCACUAAAAGUUCAAGCCUUACGAAAAGAAUUGGAAGCAAAGGAAAUAGCACUGAAGGAAUGUGAAACCAAAAUAUCUUCCUUGAAAUCAGAUUUAGAAACUAAAGACCAAACACUCAAAACAGAAAUAGAGAACCAUAAAAAAACCAAGAAUUCUUUACAACAUUUCACAAAUGAGAGUAAAAAACAUACAGUCCUCAAUCUUGAAAUGCAAGAUUAUGAAAAAAGUGUCAAAGAUCUUUCUUUGAAACUAGAGAAAAAGAAUGAACAAAUUGCUAGUAUGAAGGAGCAAAUUGAUGGUCAAAAAAUUGUAAACUCCACUCUUGUUGAACAAAAAAAUAAUUUACAAGAAAAGGUGGAUUCUUAUGAGACAAGUCUAGAAACAAUAACUAUUGAGAAAAAUGCUUUUAUGAAAAAAUUAUAUGAGGUAGAAAGUAUUCUACAGAAUAAAGAAGAAAUUAUUGUUGAUCUUUAUCAACAACUCGAAAGUAUCAGAACCCAGAAUGAAGAGCUUUCUUCUACCCUUUCAAAUGAUAUUGCUGAACGUCAGAAAAUAAUCAACUUGUUAAAGGAAGAGAAGGAAAAUCUGUAUGUACAAAGUCUGAAUUUACAACAGAGCACUAGAGAACUGCAACAAAAGCUGUUACUCAGAGAAGAGGAGCUUUUAACAAUAAAUACAGAAUUCGAAAAUUAUAAAAUCCGUGCUCAGAGUGUUCUAAGACAGAACCAAAAUAGGGAUAUUGGUCUCGAGGAGAAAUUGAACGGAAAUGUGUGUAGCUUAUUGUCUCAGAUAGAAGUUCUCCACUCGGAAAUCAAUGAAUUAAAGAAUUCUAAUACAGCCUUGGAAAGUUUGAAUGAAACCCUGAAAUUGGAACAUGCUUCUUUAAAACAGGAUAAUGAAAAAGUUUCUAAUGAUUUUAAGGACAUCAACGACCAAUUAGAAAAACUACAGUCUAAAUACGACGAAGCAAUACUUGAACACAAAGACACCAUGAGAUCUUUGAAGGUCCAUGCAGAAACCUUGGGCCAGUGCUACAGACAACAGUUGUCAGAUCAAGAAGUGAGACACAAUAGGGAAAUAAUAGAGCUCCAAAGUAAAAUAGAAAAGUCACAAUCCCCUGCCGAAAUACCACUGCCUUCUCUACCUGGCUUGACAAGAGAAGAGGGUGAAGGUUCUGAGAGUACAGAAAGUAUUAAUAAUCUACCUGUGCCCUUGGAGAAACUGUUGAGUGAAGAGGAUGAGCACAAGGUAAACAUUCUAAAGAAGCAGAUCAAUCAGCAGGAGUCCAAAUUAAACCAUCUUACCGAACUGUUGGCCGAUACUGAACAGGACUUGGCCAAACAUAUACAAAUGAAUAAGGUGCUGAAGGAGGAGAUCAGAAGACAACAAAGGGCCGUUGAAAGGGAAAAGCACGCAGAAAAUUUGGAGUAUUUGAAAAACGUCGUUUUCAAAUUUGUGACUCUGCACAAUGGAGAUGAAAGGAGUAGAUUAGUCCCAGUGCUGAACACAAUUCUAAAAUUGAGUCCAGAAGAAGCCAAAAAGCUUGAUAUGGUUGCAAAAGGCGAUCCGGGUCUCAGAGCUUGGUCAUCUUAUUUACCAGUAUGGUCUUCCUCCAAUAAAUCCUGAAAAUAAUAUAGAUAUUAAUUAUUGUAAAUAAAUAUUGUUAUUUAAAUGUACAUACAUAAUAAAUCUUCAAUGCACUAGAAA